AUGCCACAGAGAUUAGAUGCCGGAGAACGAUCGCUUGGAUUCCCGAUUCCUACACGCAUUCCGCUUCUCCUAUCGUCAAGCCCUCCCACGCCACUCUCGGCCACGGCCAUCGCUCCAGCCGACGGUGGCUCCUCCAUCGACAUGGAUCCCGAGUCCAUCUCCACGCGGUGGAUGAGCAGUAGCGCUGACGUCUUCGACUUCAACCUCCCCCUAUAUGAAUCUUCGUUCCUAGUCCAUGCAGACCAAAUCUUCUCCGAUGGUCUCCUACUGCCGCUUCACAGCGCCACUGCACCAAAACUUUCGGUAGCAUACGAUUGCUCAUCGAAGUCCCUUCCCUCGAGGAGGAGUACCUUCUGCUCUUCUCCUAGUAGAGCCGCUUCCUCGAUCUCUUCACACCUUCCGGUGUUCCUCCAAGCCAAAGCCACACCCAGUUCGGCCAGUUCAUGCUCUUCCAUCGAUCUUACACCAAAGAGUUGGAAGCCCAAGUUGCAUUUCUUUCGGAACUGCACGAGACCUUCGAAGAGAACACUGCGGAGGUGUUUGUGUUUUCUGAUGCCCUUGUAUAAGAAGGUGAAGUGCUUGAGAUUGGUUUCUUCGAAGACGGUGAGGAGUCGGAAGGACUCAGCGGGCGGUUCUCCCAAACCCAAGACCAGUAAUCCCUUCUCGAGCGUCGAGUGGUGUCGCAGCAAUGCUGAUAUUUCGAUUCAUGACGCGAUUCUUCACUGCAAAAGAUCAAUCGCAACUCCAAGCGACAAUGCUUAAAGUUAGUUCUCACUCCUCCGUCCGAGACGCGGUGACUACACCUUCGGAAACUGCCGUGAAUUGCUUAUUUCUCUUCUGCUUCUACACUCAGAAACUACUCUGGAGUUUCUUCGUUGGUCUCUUAGUAUUCAAGAAGAACAUGCGUGGAGAAGACAGUGAGCAGAAUCCAAGAAGAACAAGAGACGCUCUAUAACUUAUUUUCUUGUGGAUUCUUCAUGUACGCCCCCAAAUGUCUACCCACACCAAAAAAAUGUCUCAUAAAUGUUGAGUUGUUGAGAAAAGAAUUCUUGUGCUGUACUCUUGAGUUCUUCCCUAUCUUGUAUCUUGAAAUUGGAAACCAAUGAUCUCAAACACUCUUCAUAAAACAUCGAGAACUAUAUUUUCUCGAGACUUUUUA